AAUUACCCCCACCACAACCGGAUCGCCAUUUAAUACAACAUCAUCUCAAACGACACCAUCUGGACAAACCACUCCAUCUAGACAAACCACUCCAUCAGGUCAAACUACUCCAUCUGGACAAACCACUCCAUCUGGUCAAACCACUCCAUCUGGACAAACUACUCCAUCUGGACAAACAACUCCUUCUGGACAAACUACUCCAUCUGGGCAAACUACUCCAUCAGGUCAAACGACACCAUCUGGUCAAACCACUCCAUCUGGACAAACUACUCCAUCUAAACAAACCACUCCUUCCGGACAAACUACUCCAUCUGGACAAACCACUCCUUCUGGACAAACCACUCCAUCAGGUCAAACGACACCAUCUGGACAAACCACUCCAUCUGGACAAACCACUCCUUCUGGACAAACCACUCCAUCAGGUCAAACUACUCCAUCUGGACAAACCACUCCAUCUGGUCAAACCACUCCAUCUGGACAAACUACUUCAUCUAAACAAACCACUCCUUCUGGACAAACUACUCCAGGACAAACUACUCCAUCUGGACAAACCACUCCUUCUGGACAAACCACUCCUUCUGGACAAACCACUCCUUCUGGACGAACCACUCCUUCUGGACAAACUACUCCAUCUGGACAAACUACUCCUUCUGGACAAACUACUCCAUCAGGACAAACUACUCCUUCUGGAAAAACCACUCCAUCAGGUCAAACUACUCCAUCUGGACAAACCACUCCAUCUGGACAAACUACUCCAUCUAAACAAACCACUCCUUCUGGUUUUACAUUUUCUGCUUCUUCACCUUCCACAACUAGACAGGAUUUAAGCGAUGUCACAAUAAUAGGAUGUCCAGAAAACGAAAAUGACACUGCUAAAAACGAUACAAUGGAUAUUGGAGCAAUUUGCUACAUUGUCCAAACUGCUGGAUAUUAUGACAUUCGUGAACGGCUUAAUUUACCAAAGGAAGCCAUAUUCAAAACCAAAACAUAUCUUGCCAAGGAAAAUGAUAAUGUUCUAUGGAAAUUAGAUGGCAAAAAUAUAUUUAACAAAGAUAAUGAUAAUUUAAGGACAGCAUUUGAUUCAAAUACAGUUCAAGAUAUUUCUAAUGCUAAAAAAUACUUUAAUAUCGCCUUUAAAGCCAAGAGUGAUAUCAAAAUGAUAAUAACACCUAUGACUAGAUUACAAAAAUUCUGUGGAUUACACUUUGGAGUUAACGAUGUUAAUAGUAGAUGUUAUAACCUAUCAAUAUCUCACUCUACGUUGGAUAAGCUGGCAGUAGCCCAAAAAAACGAUCAUAUAUCUAUUGACGAAUAUUAUCAUGAUUCGGUUAUAAGAAAGGCUAUUAAGAAGACCUUUAUAAAUGAAAUCCAAUUCGAAAGUGCCAUAUUUACCCCUAUUAGUCCAGGAAUUCAUACCCUUGAGAUUCAACUCCAAAAUUGUUCAGAACAAUGUCACGAUGAUGAUAUUUCAAGCAAUUAUACCUUACCUGACCAUACUCGGGAAAAUAACAAAACUCUCUAUCUCGAACACAAGUGUAUCUGCGAACUUGUUCAAGAACCAGGAAUUUAUAAUAUUAUCAAUUAUGAUUCUAACAUCACUAAAUUAGAAAAUGUUAAAUUAUUCCCAGAAAUAGAUGGUAUUAGCGCUAAAUUUGUUGCUAAUUUCCAACCUAUUCAAGAAGCUUCAAGAAUAGUCUAUCAUUUAUUUACAGAUCUUGAAAAAACAUAUUUGGAACGAUUAGUAAAUAUACCGCAAUAUAAAAUAGCAGUUAACGCCGACGUAAAAUUAAAUGUUAUAACUAAGAAACCUUCCGAAUAUACAUCAAUAUAUAUAAGUGAUCUAGCUAACAAAAAUAUCAAGUUAAUUGACUCUCGCGAAUAUCCAAACAUGACCAUAUCACAAAGUAGAUCUGGAGUGAGCAUGAAUUAUAUCACUGAUAGUGGUAUUGAUAAAUUUGCUUAUUUCAAAAAUUUCGUGAUAACCGAAGUGAGGAUACCCGAAGGAGUUGAAUCCAUACAUUAUUUUGAAGAUGCUCACAUGGUUGUAUCUAAAUAUAUAAGGCAGUGCGAAUAGAAAUUUAAUUUUAAAUAUCAAAUUAGAUCGGUAACACGAUAAUUAUUUUCUAUCUUUAUUUAUUGUAAUGGAUAUAUUAACGCUAAUGAUUUAACCAACAUAAUUUAAUGAUAAUUAUAUUUUUAAUUUUAAUUUUAUAAUAAUUUAUAACAAGUGCAACAUUUAAUCCGGUGGUGAAUUAUUCAUGUACUAAUCAAUGAAUCAAUUUAAUUAUUAAUAAAUAAUGAAUCAUUUUUAUAUUUAUUUAAUAAUUUAU